AUGAAGGCUAUAAUAGCUGUUCCGGCUACUCUCCUGCUGGUACACCGUGCCUGGUCAAGGAAAUCACUCACGCCGCUGGGCAUUGUAUUCGCAGCGCUCACCGCGGUAAUACAUGCAAUUCACCCAUCUUCUACUCCCUUUGCCCUUUUAAUAGUCUUCUUCCUGGGUGGUACAAGAGUAACAAAGGUAAAACACGACGUGAAAGCUCGCCUGACGAUAUCGGCUACUGGAGCAGGCGGUGGUGAAGGCUCGCGGACUCAUAUUCAAGUUCUUGCAAACUCCGGCGCCGCCUCGAUUUUGAUACUGCUCGACUGCUAUCGGAUAUACUACAAGAAUGGGGAUCUAUCAUGUCUUCCCUAUGGCAGACCGGAAAGCCUUCUCAUGGUUGGAAUCGUUUCGACAUACGCUGCCGUUGCUGCUGAUACCUACUCCAGCGAACUAGGGAUCCUCUCCAAGAGCGCCCCUCGUUUGAUAACCUCACCUACCUUUCGAAAAGUCCCUCCUGGAACAAAUGGCGGAAUAACACUUAUCGGUGUCGCAGCAGGGUCUCUGGGAGCAUUCACCAUUGCCAUAACAUCUCUACUGCUCCCGUUUUGCUCCCUCGGUUCGCCCGUUGUCGGUGGCGCAAAGCUCGGUCUCGACGGAGGGAGUGCUUGGAGUUGGAAUGAGAAAGCACUCUGGGUCUUAGCAAUCACGAUAUGGGGUACACUGGGAAGCCUUCUCGACAGUCUUCUCGGAGGGCUGCUGCAAGCCACUGUUGUCGAUAAGCAAACUGGGAAGGUUGUUGAAGGCAGCGGUGGGCAAAAGGUCCUCAUUCAUGCGGGUGCUCUCACAUCUAAAAUCAUGGGAGAUCCUCCUAUCCGUCAAGAAACAUCCCUUCGAACAAACGAGGACAUUGCAAACGCCCUGUCACCGCAUACUUCUCCUCAUGAAAACUACCCUGGCAUUUCUGAUCCAGCUCACGAGAGUCGCAAGAUAACUGCCGGCAGUGACAUCCUCGAUAACAAUGCUGUCAAUUUCUUGAUGGCUAGCAUAAUGGCAAUCGGGGGCGUUGCCAUGGCCAGCGUGAUCUGGGGCAUCCCCAUCGACAGUAUAUUCCGAAGAUGGUAA